AUGGAGAACGGAGAAGUGCUGGUCACGUGGAGACAGUUCGCCAAAGAAAACCCUGGCGUGAUGCAGUGGAUCCUUCAAUACUGCACAGACUAUAUGCGACUGAACACCGUUCGAAAUGUCACCUUGGACAACAACGUUCAUAAUUAUACACUUAAUGGGGAAACGCCUCUGUAUAUCCGAGUUCUCGGAUCCCGGACAACAGAGUGGCUGCCGCAGAACCUGACCCUGGUGCCGUGGACUUCCACCGAGCUAGCCGUCACCGACCUCGACGAAGGAGAAGUAAUCCCAAAUCCUCACGAGCUACAACUCGUCGAGGUACAGGAAGAAAGUUUUACGAUGAGCUGGCUCUGUGAGAACGCUCAGCGGUAUACCUUCCUCGUGUGCGUUAGGAGGAUGGACAGGAGCGAAGAAUGUCUUGAGAGUUUGGGUACCAAUACAACCGUACACAAUUUGGAUGCUGGUAGUGAGUACGAGGUGCGAGUGCAAGCAAGAGUCCCAGGAAGAGCCCUCGGAGGAGCUUUUACGGAACCCUAUCACGUGAUGACCGUCUCGAGAGGUGCGCAUAGAUUCAAGAACCUGACGUACGAGUACGUGAACGCAAGCGCAGUGCGUAUAUCCUGGAGCGGGGACGCAGACAACUAUACGGUGCGGUACAGCUCGCUGCUCAAACUGCCCGUCGAGAGAUGGGCAGCCCUCACUAGUCGAGGGAAUACUGUGCUGAUCAACGGUAUUGAACCAACAAACCACACGUUCGUGAUGGUGUCGGGGUAUUCCCCGGUCGCGCACAGCCCCAUUCUCAAUGUUCCGCCACAGCUGACGUAUCUUCAAUCGAAGGACAUAAAGUACGCGUACACAAGCAACGGGGUGCGCGUGUCGUGGAGGGGCGAGGGGCUGCGCGUGAUUCUCUUCACGCAGAACAUCACGCAACCGCUCGACACUUGGCGGGCUGUUAACGUUACGGAUUCUAACGUUGAGUUGGAUGAACUAGAUCCUCAACUUCCUAUCUUCGUGAUAGUGUCUGCAGCUGGUGUCGGUGCCCGCAGUCAGGUUCUCAACAUACCGCCCCGACCAGCUGACGCCUAUGGAUAUCAAUUAGGCAUCGGUUUGGGCGUUGGUUUUUGCAUCCUUUGCGUGUUGACAGCCAUUUUUAUUUGUAUCUGGAGGAAACGGAAAAUGGCCAGAAAUCGUUCACCGAGCCGAAGUCAACGACCGGGAGCAACGCGCGGCGCCGCUCCGGAAGAAUCAGAAAUGAGGGUGGUGGGCGGGGCCAGCGCAGUAAGUGGAGCCAACGCAGCGGGUGCGCACGCGCGUCACAACGGGCUUGAGCCGCUGCUCAACGGGCACGUCCACAUUAUCGAUAAUCCGGCGUCGAAGACACCGAACGGCAAGAUAAAGAAAGGCCGGCGCUAUGACCCGUCGGACGCUUUCGAUCUGUCGCGCCAGGAGCCCGACACGACUAUGGAGACGACGCUGGAGUCCACCCGCUACAGCCUCCUCGACACCUCCCGUCCGCCAGACCUCGACUUCUCCAGAACCUCACGCGACUUGAGCGCGAACAACUCCUUCAACAAGCUCCCCGACGAUAAUAUGAACUCUGAGCUGACCCGCAGCACAGAGUUCCAGCUAGACAACAGCAAAAUCCAACCUACCCUCCAGCCGAACGGUUGA